AUUCACAUAGAAGCCCUCACCAUCAUCUCCAUUUCUAAAGCCUCUCUCUCUCUCCAUUGCUUCACUCUCGCCAUCAAAUCCCCAAACCCCUCCUCCUUCUCUCCAAGUCCUCGUCUUGGUUGUCGCAAUCAUUCGUGGGGCGCGUUAAUCCCUCCCCAAAUUCUGUGGCAGCCAGCUUCCCCGCUUGCUUGGAUUGGAUUUCUCCAAGAUUGAUUCGUUCCCUCCCAAUUCUUCACUUCCUCUAUCCAUUUCCAAUCCAAUCUUGGUUUUUUGCAUUGUUUCCUCCCGAUUUGUCUUCCUCUCGCUCUCCCUCUCCCACCAUAUCUUGGACUCGGUCCUAUCUGUCCGUGCCUCGCUUCCAUCGCCAUUGCUCUUUUGCUGCUAAAGUCUUCUCUUUGGAGGGAGAGACUGGGACUGGGAGCUAGCUCGCCCUUGUGUUGUUCAGGGAGUAAAUGCGCGUCCUUGGUGGUGCUUGGUCCCAGCAUUUUCCGCCCCAAAUCUCGUCCUUGCUGCCCCGACUUAAGUGGUGGAGAUUCCGUCACCGGCGGUCGUAGAUGAGGAGGAGGAGAUCCUCCUCCUGAUCUACUCUUCUUCUUCUUCUUCUUCUUCAGCUCCUGGCUGCUGCUGCUCCACUCCCCCUGAUCCCCCUGCAGGAGCAUGGAUUUCUUGGCCUGCGUCUGCCUCCUCCACCUGCUCUUCUUGGCCACUUCCCGGGUGGCGGCGCAGGCGUCGUCGCCGGCCAGGGCCCUGGACGCAAUGCUGCAGGACCACGCGUACCGGGCCUUCGUGCACCCGCACACUGGCAUUGUCUACAACGCCACCGUCCCGGCCAACCUCACCGGCGUCGCCCUGUCCGCGGUCCGCCUUCGCAGCGGCAGCCUGCGGAGGAAAGGUUUCUCCGACUACUUCGACUUCACCGUCCCCACCGGCAUCGUCGUGCAGCCGUACGUCGAGAGGGUGGUGCUCGUCUACCACAAUCUCGGCAAUUGGUCUGACCACUACUACCCGCUGCCCGGGUACACAUACCUCUCGCCGGUGCUCGGGCUGCUUCUCUACGACGCGGCCAACUUGUCGGCGGUGGGGUUGCAGGAGCUGAGCUUUGUCGCCUCCGGGAGCCCAAUUUCUAUAAAUUUCAGUGAUGUUAGAUCGGUGCCGGCAGGCGGUCCAGCUCCUCGGUGCGUGUGGUUUGAUUUGGAUGGUGUGCCACAAUUCCGGGACUUAGAGGCAAGCAAUGUGUGCUCGACGUACCGCCGAGGGCAUUUCUCGAUAGUGGUGAACUCUAGCGCGAUUCCUCCUGGUCCAGUGCCUUCAGGCAACAUUACACCGCCAAUACCGACUCCUACAGGUCGUUCUAAGGGCAGCUCCAAGGGGUGGAAGAUUGCUGUUGGCGUGGUUGGGGGCGUCAUAGCAUUGGUCCUGUUGGCGUCGCUUGUGGUUUGUUUGGCAAGGUACAAAAGAGAUAAGAAAUUGGAACUGAUGGAACAGAAUGCAGAGACUGGGGAGACAUUGCGUAUGGCACAGGUUGGGAGGUCACAAGCGCCUGUAGCACUGGGGACAAGAACACAACCGGUGAUUGAGAGCGAGUAUGUUGCAUAGAUGUUUUCUUGACAUUUCAGCGGAAUUCAGGCAACAAGGGUAACCAGUUAUGCUGGCAAGCAUGGGAUUGCUCUUCGGUCGGAUGAGGCAACAAGUGUUCCAUAUCAAUGAGUGCGGCACAAAUUGCUAGAUGUAGGGCAUAGUCUUGGCUCAUGAGACUUAACACAUUCUUUUAACAGUUUUGUUUGGAGGGUUAUUUGUUCUACAAUGGCUCAUGUUGAUGUUCAUAAUUGCCAUGUUCAUAGUGGGGAGCUCUUUUCAUCUCCAAGCAAGCAAUGGGGAAGAAAUGGUUGUUGUGUCAGAUUUGGAAUCCCUUAUUUUUUGGAUUGCUGUAUUCAAAAGGAUAUAGGCUUGGCAAUAAAGGUGAGGGAAUUUUAUUGUGCAUUUCAUUUUGCUACUUCAGUGAAAUUCGUUCAAGCUUAAGCGAUUUCGUUUUUGUGUAUUUUGGCUCCUCAUGUUUAGAGACCUUGUAAGGUACAAUUGUACAUGUUUAGUUGUUUAAUUGAUUUGAUAACUAGUCUGAUAAAUUAGAUUUCA